CUGGCGUUGGCGAAGGGCUCUGCUGCCUCCGUCCACGAAUCGGCAUCCCCAUCCCAUACCAUCGACCCACGAAUGCCCCCGACUCCCGCACGGCCGCCCCCCGCCGUCGCCGCCGGCGAGCCGUCGGCGAUGGGCUACGACCAGGGCCUGCCUCCCCAUGACGCCACCUGGCCGCAGAGAUCCGACUACGACCCAUACGCCUACGCCCGCCACAGCGCCGCUGCCGCCUCCUCCUACUACCAGCCGCCCCCACCGGGAACGGAGCAUGCUGCUCCCGCGGCCGCCUUCUCGUCGUGGUCGUCCGCAGUGGGAUCAUCGAACAGCGUCAUAGUGGGCGGGCCAGGGGCGGAGCCUUUAGCCGUCCCCGCGCUGUCGCAGCCCACCGGCUUCGCCACCUCGAUUGGGUGGUCCGGGGGCGACGUGGGACACCUGCCGUACUACGACCCGCAGUACCAGACGGCGCAGCAUCCCACGGCGGUUGGGGGUGGUAUAGGUACACUCAACGGUGUAAGCAGAGGUCGUGGGCCUUCGCAAGGUGGAGGCAGAGGUGGAAGCCCUAUGUAUCAUCCUCUUAUAUGGAAUGCAGGAAUUACAUCACCACGUGGUAGAGGCCGUGGGCGAGGUCGAGGCAGUGGCCGAGGUCGUAGAAACAAGAGCAGUGAUAGGCAGUUAGCCAUUCAAGCAUCCGGUGGAUCUUUUGCAUUACAGGCUCAGCCCGAAACGGUCUGUGCACCAGCACACAUGGUGCAAGCUACAACCAGCAGUUCAACACGGGGUACUGUUGUUCCAGCUGCUUGGUGUGAUAUAUGCCACGUGGGGUGUAAUAGCAAGGAAAUCCUUGAGCAGCACAAAAAUGGAAAGAGGCAUAAACGGUCUGUUCAGAGAAUGCAAGAUAUGGCUCGCCUGCAAGGUACGACUCCUGCUAUAGCUGACAUGGGUGCUCCAUCAUCUUCUCAGUUAGCUGAAGUAGAAGGCCCCUCUAGGUCAGUACAUAUGGUCCCACCUCUUGGUUCAACAAGCCUUAGUGGGGAGCACAAAGACUUGGCUCCAGAAAAUGUCGGAGCUUCAGUUUAUGGGGUGCAAAUUACUGAGGUGCCAGGCAGUUCUUCCAAGCAAAACAAAACACAUCAUACAUCAACAGUUGGUCACGGUGUUGAAGCACAGGUAGAACUGCAUGUCGCUGUUCAAGCUUGUCAGCCUUCAAAUGAGAUGAAAGAUGGCGGUGAAGCCCCACCAAAUGCAACAGGUCCAUCAAAUGCACAACUGGUGGAAGCAAGGAUGGGUGUCAACGGCAACAACAAUGGCUCAAAGAGGAAACCGACAGGAGCUGGCCGUGGUCGAAAGAAGCUGAGAGUGUCUCAAGCCCCACAGCAAAGGCGGCCUGAGCGAGUAAGGGAGCAACCGCUAGUCUGCACCAUUUGCAACGCGAUUUGUGAUACAAGAGCUGUAUUUGACAUCCAUCUGGUUGGUAAAAAGCAUCAAUCACGACUCAAGCGUUCUCAAGGCCCAGACGUGUUGUUCGGUCCUUUGGUUGGGCAUAUUCCUCCAAACCAGUCCGCAGCUCACAUGACAGGAGCCCCUGAGCCACUGUAUUUUGGCUUUAAGAGUAUGGGAGCUUCUUUGGUUGAGCAGGAGGCAUAUCUGGCUGGCGCGAUGCAGCACGUGUUGCCCGUUCUUCCACAAGCUGGUCCAACCAUCAUGGCUGCUGAUUAUCCUGCACAACCGGUGGCUAGCAAUCGGUGCUGCUAGCAAUGGAAGACCUGUAACUGCAUCACUGUGCACAGCCGUUGGGGAAGCUGAAGUGAGAAUGUGACAGGCAUGCCUGUAUGUGCCCCGCAUGAUGUCUACUGCCUCACAGGUUUCAUUGCUUUUCGGUGGGGGCGACUGGAGAGCAACCGAAUUCGUAGUAGAAGUAGUACUGAACAAUCUGAAUAUCAGAUGAAACCAUAGAACUCGUCUCCCAGUCUGCAAAAUGCACAAGGCUUCCGUCGAAUUGCUAGUAGUACUAUGAUGGAACAAUUUGGUUGACAUAGGCCUGGGUGUAUGUCUGCAAAACGCUUUUUUAAAGUCGGUCUCAACAGCGACUUUUUAUGA